AUGCCACCAAUUACCCCAAACAUGUUGAACUCAAAAAAGGAAGAGCACUGUGUUGGGAUCACGACUGAGCGGAAGUACUACAAAAUAGGCGAUACUUGGGUAAAGCGGUGCCUUCGCCCCUCCGAGUGGCAGAUCAACCCUUAUAAUGGAAACUAUGUGGUACCUAGGUUGUGGAAGGAACGUAUCAGCAACGAGGCUGCUAGUAUGAAAUCUACGAUCCCUGUCCCCAAACUCCAUUGUUGUUUUGAGGAUGAUGAGGCGGUAUACCUGGUUAGGGAACAUGUCGAGGGCGUUGGUAUGAACGAAUUGGAACCUGAACAACGAAAGCAAGUUGAAAAAGAGGUAGAGGGAUAUCUGAAAGAGAUGAGAUCCCUUACCUCCAAUAAAUGGGGCGGACCUACCGACAUCGUCGUCCCGCCGUAUCGCCUUAUGGUCAAGCCGGGUUUUUUGGAAUGGGUGAUGAAACCUCGGGAGAAGGAGGAUCUCGUGUUCUGCCAUAACGAUCUAUCAACAAAUAACAUCAUCGUUGAUCCUGAGACGUUGAAAGUCAAGGCUGUGAUCGACUGGGAGUAUGCUGGUUUCUUUCCGCCCGAGUUCGAAGGUAUGUUUUUCAGAAGGGUAGGGCCAUCAGUAGCAUUGGACGGCGAGCAUGAUGACGAGGACGAGCUCUAUGCAGUUCUAAGGCAGAAUAGGGCUUGA